CUGGACUUCCCAGCUGACUGACAGACCAGGCAGUGUUGUCUUCCCUACCAGUAGACUGAAUAACCAGACCAGACCAGACCAGGCAGUGCUCCCAGUGUAUCUGGACUGGACCAGGGACUAUUUGGCCUCAGUGACUGGCCUCUGCAGUGUUACCAUCAGUAUUGGACUAUAUAAACUGUAUUUGGACUGACUGACCAGCUCCAGUGAUCCUCCCUCCUUCCCUCCCAGCUGACAACAUGACCCCUCAGACCCUUUAAACCCAGACCCCUCCAACAGCCAGUCCACAUGGACACCACCUCCACCCACUGGCAGCAAGGCAUCCUGGGUAACGACAGUCUCAGCCUCCACCUCGACCGGCCGGGGUUCCACUCUGACAUCACCAAGCAUGUAGGAGUCCAGGCUGUUUUGAUCACGGCGUAUAGUCUGAUCAUCUUACUGGGCCUAGUAGGCAACGCCCUAGUCAUCUACAUGAUCAUCCGCUUCCGGAACAUGAGGACAGUCACUAACUUCUUCAUAGCUAACCUGGCCCUGGCCGACCUGCUGGUGGAUACGUUGUGCUUACCGUUCACACUGGUUUAUACCUUGCUCGACGAGUGGAAGUUCGGCGCGGUGCUGUGUCACAUGGUCCCGUUUGCCCAGGCGCUGAGCGUGCACGUAUCGAUCCUGACGCUGAGCGUCAUCGCUCUGGAGCGCUACAGGUGUAUCGUGUUCCACCUGGGCCAGCGCCUCACCUGGCGAAGCAGCCUGCUCAUCAUGGCUCUCACCUGGACGCUGUCCUCCAUGCUGGCCAGCCCGCUCGCCAUCUUCAGAGAGUACCGUCAGGAGGAGAUCCCGUCCAUCAACCUGAGGAUCUCAGUCUGCUAUGAGAAGUGGCCUAACGGCAGCAGCAGAGAUGGAGUCAUUUACAGCCUGUCUAUGUUACUGCUGCAGUACGUGCUGCCACUCUCCAUCAUCAGUUAUGCCUACAUCUGCAUCUGGGUGAAGCUGAAGAACCACGUGAGUCCAGCGAGCCGCGUCGACGCCGUCCAGCGCAGGAAGAAGACCACCAAGAUGCUGGUUAUGGUGGUUGUAGUCUUCGCCACAU